GCCCGGCGGCGGGAGCGGCGGUGCCGGCAUGGGACGGGGCGCCGCCCCGGCGGGGACCUUCCUUAACAAUGUGAGAAGGGAAUCACACAAGCAUACUGUGGAUUUUUUAUCUGUACAUACCACUUGAUUAUUGUCUGUCUUCUACUGAUCAACCUGAAAAGAAAGAUCAAACAAAAAUUGUUGUCAGCUUUGCCCUAAAGCUGCCUGAAAUUUAUGACUCCUUUUGGAGACACUACCUGGGCUGUUAGAAAUGGAGCAGCUCAGGCUGUGUCUCUGAUCAGCAGAGCUCUCUGCGUGGAGUACAGAAAUCAAGUUGCCUUAAGUCAAACCAUAUGCAGGUUGCACUAAUUGUUGUAACUACUGCCGAUACCACUCCAGACUUCACUAGGACUUUCCAAGACAGUUGUUUCUCACGUGGCUUGAAUGUUUUCAACUGAUGUUUGAGUAUUUCUAUUCAAUCUGGUGUGGCUGUGCAAAGUCAAAGGGGUUUAUUUUUGCCUGCUAAAUUAAUGGUGAAUUUUGAAGCCUCACUUCCAAGCGGGAUCUGUGCUAUGGCAGCAACCUACAGGCUUAUGGUCACAACUGUGAACUGCUACAGCAGCGUGGUGAUAGAACAGCACUUUCAGCACACAGUGCAUUACUGCACGGGGACCUGCCAGGUGUUUAAGCAAGGAGUUGCAUGUAUAGUUGCCCACCACAGUGUGUGUGCAGAACUCGGUGUCCAAGAUGCCAACCUAGACCACAAAAUUCCAGUUUCUGAAAAUGGCCUUGCCUUACCUGGGAAUGAGGACUAUCAGCAAAUACUCCUGAAUAAUCCCAGAAUCAAAAAGGGCUCUUCGGUGCAAGCUUCUGGCAGUUUAAAAGACAUUACUGGUGAGGCAAUAAAUCUCGCCAGUGGUAAAAUAAAGGAAUUCUCGUUUGAGAAGCUCAAAAACUCUUCCAAUCAUGUGGCCUACAGAAAGGGGAGGAAAGUUCGUUCAGAAUCAUUCAGCAGACGAUCAUUUGAUUUUGACAUGAUUUAUGGGCACUUCAGCAACGAUGAGAACUCUCCUCCGUGUGGCUUUUUGCAGAGUCCCUCGCCUGUGGAGAAAUGGCAGGAGAGCAAUGAUGCUCCAGAAGUCAGUAUGAAUCCCAUGGUUCCCUUCUCACCUCAUUCCUUUUCUGACGAAAACUUCAUUACCCAGAUUUUGGAGAAGCACAAGCUGGAUGGUUCUUCUGGUGGAGAUAUUAAAGUGUGCUUAGACAUCUUGCUCAAGUGCUCAGAGGAUCUGAAGAAGUGCACUGACAUAAUAAAGCACUGCAUCAAAAAGAAAUCCGCAGACAGUGUUAGUGGAGGGAAUAGCAGCGAUCCUCUGGCUAGUUCAGAAAUGAUAUAUGUGAAUCUGAUGAGAAGAUUUUCUUCGUACCUGAAAAAGCUACCCUUUGAGUUCAAGCCACCUGGGCACAAGGAGGCAGGUGAUCUUGGAGAAUUAGUGAACUGUUUUCAUGGCUUGCAGCAAACUCCCUUUUCGCCAAUAUUUGGAGAUGAGCAGCCACCUAGGUAUGAAGAUAUUAUUCAGCUUCCAUCCUCAAAUGCAGUUCCUGUCAGACCACCAGGCGACCAGUGUGAGGUGACAAGUGCCUCUCAGUCCAUCCAAACAAGCACUGUGAGCUUUACCUCAAACUCCCUUUGCAGCACCUCACAGGAGAACACUGUGAGAGCUGUGAAAGAUGCUUGUGUUCUACCUCAGUUAUCAGCCACAAGGCUUCCUGACUGCACACCUUCCACUGAGGUUUUGUACAUCGAGGAAGAGUCAGAUGGGGAAAGAGUGCUGGAGAAAACAACGAGGGCAAAGGAGAAGGAGGACUGGGAGAGUUUAAAGCAUAGCUACCAGCUAUCUGGUUCUUCAGAUGCGAUUGCUGAUGGUAAAGCAGAACCUGCCAGGGUAGGAGGUGAACUUUCUCACGCUUCUGAGAAAAGUAAUCUUUUAAAACCAGUUUCAGAUUCUGUAUUGCGUGGUUCUCAAGCUGGCAUCUCCAAAGGAGAACAGACGUGCAAGAUAGACAAGGAUGAAAUAGAUAAACUGCUGCUGGACUUGGAGCACUUCUCACAGAAAAUGGAGAGUACUUUUAGGGAGCCCCCUCCAAAGGAGAGCGAACCUGCCUGUCUGCAGGUGCUUGGCUGGCAGGGUAGGCCGGUACUACCUGCGGCUCUUGAACCCAAAAGUAAACCCAGUGACCCCACUUCCCCUUUGUCGAAAAUCAUGGAAACCAAUGGUCAUAAAAUGGAAGAAGAUGACAGAGCCCUUUUACUGCGUAUCUUAGAAAGCAUCGAGGACUUUGCCCAGGAACUAGUGGAAUUCCAGACAGGCAAAGGAAGCUUGUCCAAGGAGAAGGAAGUGAUGCAAAUUCUUCAGGAAACAUUGUCAACUCCUUCACAGUCCCUCCUUGCAGGGCAAAAAAGCCAUGCUGGGGCUGCCUCCAGAGACUCUGUUCCAGCUUUGAUUCAGCAGGCACCAGAAGUAAUUAAGGUUCAAAGUAAGCAAGAGAAGAAACCUGGAACGUCGUCCCCAGUCCCUUUGAACUCAGUGGUUAGCCCUUGUGCUCUGCCUGUGAAUAAAGCCACCAGCAGUACCCCUUUGUCCGUAAACAUUCCACGUUUCUACUUCCCUAAAGGACUUCCCAAUGUCUGCACUAAUCAUGAAGAGAUCAUUGCCAGGAUUGAAGAAGCCUUCACAGAGUUUGAAGAUGAGAAAGCCAACAUCUGUGAAAUGGGAAAAAUUGCAAAGAUAUGUGGCUGCCCACUCUACUGGAAAGCACCUAUGUUCAGUGCAUCGGGAGGACAAAGGACAGGAUGUGUAUCUGUGCACUCCUUUGUGUCUUUGUGGAGAAAAAUCUUACGUAACUGCCAUGAUGACGCAUCCAGAUUUGCUUACCUUGUAGCAAAGCCCAGCUGUGGUUACCUUGAGCAGGAGGACUUCAUCCCGCUGCUUCAGGACGUGGUAGAAACGCACCCUGGUCUGACGUUCCUAAAGGAUGCUCCAGAGUUCCAUUCCCGGUACAUCACCACGGUUAUACAAAGAAUAUUCUACACAGUCAAUCGAUCCUGGUCUGGGAAGAUCACCCUAACAGAGCUGAGGAAAAGCAACUUCUUGCAAACUCUUGCUCUCUUGGAAGAAGAGGAUGACAUAAAUCAAAUCACAGAUUAUUUCUCCUACGAGCACUUCUAUGUUAUAUACUGUAAAUUCUGGGAGCUGGACACUGACCAUGACCUUUAUAUCAGCCAGAAGGACCUGGCUAGGUACAGUGAUCAAGCUCUAUCAAGCAGGAUUAUUGAGCGAAUAUUCAGCGGUGCUGUGGUGAGGGGAAAUGAAGUUCAGAAGGAAGGCCGCAUGAGUUAUGCUGAUUUUGUGUGGCUGCUGAUUUCAGAGGAAGACAAAAGAAAUGCUACAAGCAUUGAAUACUGGUUUCGCUGCAUGGACCUGGAUGGGGAUGGGGUGCUCUCCAUGUAUGAACUGGAAUACUUCUAUGAGGAGCAGUGUGAGCGGAUGGAAGUGAUGGGCAUAGAACCACUGCCAUUUCAGGACUUGCUGUGUCAGAUGCUCGAUCUUGUUAAGCCAGAGAGAGAAGGACGAGUAACCCUGCGAGACUUGAAGAGAUGCAGAAUGGCUCAUGUGUUCUAUAACACGUUCUUCAAUUUAGAGAAAUACCUGGACAAUGAACAGAGAGAUCCCUUUGCAGUGCAAAAGGAUUUUGAAAACGAUGGCCCUGAACCUUCUGACUGGGACAGGUAUGCUGCUGAAGAGUACGAGAUCCUUGUGGCUGAGGAGUCUGGGAACGAGCAGCUCCAAGAAGGGGCACUGCCUGUGGAAGAGGAAUCUCACCAAGACAUAGUGGAUGCUCACAGGGACUUCAAGGAUGCUGUGCCUGUUCAGAGGUGGUCAGGCGCUGUCUGCGUAAUGUCAGGGAGAUCUUAAGUGUUUACUUCUGAUCCUGAGUGGCAGCUUCAGAGAUUUGCAAGUACUAGUGUGGUAAAUUAAAUACCUAUGUUGGAAAACACAAGGACAACACACUCACCAAAAAGAAGAGAAAAGAAAGGUGUUCUUCUACUUAAAACAACAAUUUGGAGCGUGGUGUUUCACUGAACGCUUAAGCUGAUCUGAACACUUCUCAGCCAUGUUUUCUGGUUUAUACAUCUGUGUAUGAGUUUUUGAGAAGAGAGCCUGUUCCCUGGUGAAUGCAUGCACAUGUUUUUGUGUAAAGGCAGAAGCAGAAGUUGAAUCUGACCACGAAGGCUCUGAAAGCAAAAUUGCUGUCUUACAGACUUUGCAGGUGAUGGCACAGAAGCCUCUCUGCAGCAGGACGUAAGGAUUGGCAGGCAGAAGUUGCUCCCAGGGCUUUGUUGUAUCUGCACAUGACUUAGAAGAGGGAAAAGCAACACGAGAAAUGGCAGAUGGCUCUUUUUUUGGCACUGUCCACACAGGGUAUCAAAGGAGUUAACCUUUUUCUAGGGCAGUUUAUCAGUGAACAAACUGGAGCUAUUCCUGUGCUUGCCACUGGAAGACCUGCUGCAACAUUGCCUUCAUAACAAGCGUUGCUUUCAGAACUAAAGAAUUUGAAUUUCUUGGGAGUGCUGAGAAAAUACCUUGUGAUGGGCUGAGGCUGGGGAAAAAAUAUCAUUUCUCAGCAAUAUACUGCAGCUGGCUAGAGAGGAGAAUUUGCAGACAAACCUCCCUAAGUCAUAAGCACAGAGACUGGAGCUUCAAACCAAGAGGGAGAGGAAUGUGACAGUGUGGCCACAAUUGAUUUUUCUGUGAAAACAAAAGCGUAUCGUAAGCUCAAAAAUACUUUGGAAACCAAGUGUUAGUGAGCAGGUCUGAGCAAGCCAAGUUUCCUCUAGGAGCUGAAUCUGUGCCUGAACAACUUGAUUUCUACACUAAGGCUACUGCAAGAUACUGACUAAAACUGUAUUCAGAUUUCUAAAUGCUGAACACCAAUGAAAAGCUGCUUCAGAACUUACGAAUGAGAAUGGAUAGAGGACAGUCAGCUGUCAGAAUGCUGCCUACUGAGGCACUAUUCAGUGCUUUACAAACAUGCUCCUUGAGGUUAACAUCCUGCAUGUUAUCGUAUUUUAGUCACAUGGUUUAGUGGCUGCUGAAAUAACUUAGCUGAAAAGUGCUCUCACCAAAAAAUAGCUCUUAAAGACACACCUUUUAUCUUUACAGAUCAUUUGAAGAAGACUAUGAGACAGAUGAAGUCUUAUCUCCCUCUGAAACUGGAGACAAGUCAAACUAGUUAUCUCAGAUCUCUUAGCAUAGAGAAUGGAAGAUGUGUAAUCAGUGUCUGUCGAACUGGAUAGCAGUCAGUCCCAAGAUGCUUAGGGACAGUUAGGGAUUUUUCUUAAGUCUGUCAUUGGAGCAAUGUGUUUUAUUUUGUACACUGUAACUUGAAACCCCCUUUUUUUUUCUUCUUGUGUAACUGCAAUAAGAUAAUUUCUUUAAAAUAGCUUUCUGCAAUGUGUUACUGUGCACACAUUAAAAAUGGUGAUUGCACCUUGUUUCCUUCAUAUCUUUUCAUAUAAAUGUCCCCAGAUGUGCAAUAAAUGCCAGCAUCUAAUGACAAACUCACAGCUGCGUGCAACAUCUACAGCGGUCAUUGGUCCGUUGGUUCAGUCCUGUGCCAUUAUGACUCUUUGACUUUACAACAGGAGUGACAGAAGUUGCCAAAUUAAUUUGUAUAUAUAUGACUAGAGAUCAUUUAAAACACAAAUCACAGUGCAGUCCUUGGUUUUGCUGGUGUCCUGAAUACCAAAGGCAACAUGCCUGCAGAUAGGGAGAAUGAGGUCCCCUUCUGUGAUAUAAAGCUCUUGUAGAUGGUACCAAACAAAUUGUACUUGUAUGCAUAUGUGAACAGUUAAAAUGAUGUCAUGUUUCUCUUAGAAUUUAUGAUACAAUUAAUGUUUCUGCGUAUUCUUUUGUGUGUGAGAGGAUCUCCUGUAUGAAUACCAGUCAGGAUAGUGGUUUUUUCUCUGUAGAAGUGUUUUCUAGUAUAUUUACAAGAGAUGCAUGCACUGUUCAGCCAGUGUGCUGGAACUGCUGCGUUCUGUGUGCUUCAGUUCUGUUUCUUUCCUGUGCUCUUCCCUUCUCUUGUACUGCUAAUCUGUAGCCUUCUGCAAGGGUCUAAGCUGAUAUCAUGAAAAUACCUGCCUUACCCAUGUGUGGUAAAUUCCUAUUAACAGAGGGAUUCUUUACCUGGUAAAGAAAACAUCCAAAUAUUACUGGUUUUUUUUUUUUUUCCCACCCAUGAAACAGACCUAGAUUCAGAGAGAAAGCAGUGUAACUGAUGAAUUCUUGCUGUAAGUGCAAAAUUGAACUGACUUUCCCAUGGAAUUACAAUUGAUGUAGAAAGACAGAACCCAUUCACUUCGUAGACAGAUAGCUUGUGAAUACACAUGCUCACUAUUAUCCCAGCGUGUUUGGUGCAUAAAAAUGCUGCCCAGUGGUACAUUCAUCCCUAGAUGCUAUGUCUAAAUGUUGCUGUUAGUAACAAGUAAGGAAUUGGCUGAUCACUACAACCCAGCUUCAACUUUUCCAGGAGCCUUUGAAGUGUCACGCCUGCCUCCCGAUGCCCAGGUGGGACAUACUGCUGCCUUGCUGAGGUUAGUAACUAUCAUCAAGAUCAAAAUCUGAAAGGGAGGAAGUUAUCAGUUACACUGGGCUUGAAGAACUGUUCCCUUUCCCAUGAACAAUGUUGCUAUUUUAUCUAGAUCCAUAUACACAUCCCAGGAUCCUGGAUUUUUCAUAUAUUUUGGGAACUUCUGGAUGCCCAGAUUCUUAGCAAAGGUACUUUGAGGUCAUCUCCAUUCUGCAGUGACAGAAUGAAGGAGGGGGCACUCUGACCAAGGCAGGAUAAGCCCCUUCAAAUGCAACGAGCACACAAGAGUAGCUCUGUUCAGCUCCAGGAUGUCUGAGUUAUAUCUCCAUCACCACUGUAACCCUUGGAGAAGCUUGUGGAAUAAUUCCACAAAGAUCCACGUUCAGAAAGAAAGUAAAUGAUUGCAAAAAUGAACAUAGGAUGGAAAUCACACAACAGCCAAUUAAAACCAGCUCUUUCUACUUCUUUCACCUGAAAGAACCAAGACAAAGCAUUUCACCUCUUCAUUAUCUGGGCCUGAAGUGGCCUUUUACUCUUCAAUAAGGUUUUAAAUCUCUCCAAAACAAAGAUUAUUCAAAGUAACAAGAGAAGAACCUGACCUAUUCCAGGAUGGAAAGAAAGCAAACAAAGAGGAGUAUCCUAAGCCUGGUAAAAUCACCUGUUACAUUUUCAAGCUUUGGCUUCAGUAAUGUGAGGCAGACAUUCGUGGCUCUUCUGAGCUCUUUCACUCCCAAACCCAAGGAUUUCUUUUUUAAAAAACAGGUUCUCUGCUGCUCUAAUUACAGUGAUUCCAUUUGUCCCUUCUAGCAGGGCAACACUGUGACACCAGCCUAAGGAAUAAAAUAAUAAUAAAAAAGAAUAAAGGACAACUUAGGGCAGAUGUUUUGCCUCAUGUACAAGAACAAGCUACAGAAACUAUAUGUAGUAACUUACAGCGUUUGCUUUCUGGAAAAGAAAUCUGUUCUCUGUCUUACUAAUCCAUGUGCAGGUAAUCAUAAUUCAGCUGUCACAGAUUAAUUAGUGAAUGAGGUAUUUAUUCUACACCCCCUUUGUGUCUUAGCCCUGUCAAAACUUCUCGUGGUAAAUUUGGAAAUUCUGUCAUGCUCCUGGAGUUUCUGGGGUGGUUACAACAUCAGAAGAUCGGGGUGUUUGGGACUGCAGACACAGUGCCUGCUCCCCUGCAGCACACACCAGCUGCAGAGGCUGUGAAGCUCUCUGAAAUGAAGCCAACGAACCCAAGAAUUACAGCACAGAACACUCACAGGAACCCACUGCGCUCUGACUUUGCCUCCUGCCUGCAGCUGUCAGUGUCGCUGUAGAUGUCGCAGACCUUUCAAGACAGCUCUUACGUUCUUCUUUUUGGUUGUAAGUCUGUUAUGAGCUGGAUUCCUUUUGCUAAUGAAUGGUCAGAAAAGCGACUGCAAUUCAGUUCUGCAUGAUAAAAGAAUACGUGUUUGUUUGUCCCUUCUAGUCUGCUUUUGUCUGGCAAAAACAAGUCCCGUGUCCUUAGGAAAAAAACCUUAUUUUCAUAUUCACAAAUAUCCUCUGCACUGUUCAGACAGGAGAUGUGGUUCAAUACAACCACGUGCUGGAAUGGUACUAGGCUCAUUUUUUUCUUUUUCUCUGCAAUCUCGGUAGUAAUUCCUUCACCACUUUUCACCAGCAAGAAGCGCCCAGGCGCUGGCGCAGUUCCCCUUCUGCCGGCCUGCCACCACGCGGCAGUGUUGCAAAACAGACACGGACAGCGAGAAAGAGGUGGCAGGCAGCCUCAGGUUGACAGAAACACUGCAGAAAACCUUCCUGCUUUCGUGAGCUAAGGAUGAAAGGAAGCUGACCUGAGAGACUCUGAACAAGGUCCGUGCUUAGUUUCUGAAAUAAAAUAUGCCUGAAAGAACAGGAAGGAAAAGAAGCGUACUUUUGGAGUACGGCACUUCACAGCAGCUGCAGGUCUACGCAAUGGAAGUGAACCUCAGUAAGGAGCACGUGUUACUGUGAGAAAGACAUUCAGCAAUGGAUGGCCUUUCCCUCUUUUCUCUGUAUCGCUGGGUGAUGGUUCUAGAAACUGAGUAUUUAAAUAAUAAAGGUUCUUAUACUUUGUAAAAGUAGUUUUGGAUGCGUUUUGUGCUGGUAUGGUUUUAUCUUUGUAUUUCUACUUUGUAAUUUCUUCAUUUCUUUUUGGCAAAUAAAGGACUUCUGAAAUGAGGAGGUAAAAUCUGUC